AUGUGGGGUCGCGUGCGGCCUUGCAGGAGGGCGGCAGCAACUACUGCAAUCGCUGCUGCAGCUGCUGCCGCAACUGGCGCUGCGGCAGCACCUGCUGCAGCAACAGCAGCAGCAGCAGCAGCAUCAAGUUGCCGUCUGGGGUGUGCAUGCAACCUGCUGCUCCGCGGUUCUCCCCGAGGGCUCCAAAGGCACGUCCCGCUGCAGCGUUUCUACUGGCAGCAGCAGCAACAGCAACUGCAGCUGCAGCAGCAGCAAUGGGCUGCGGGUUGUUUUGCUUCAAGCCGUGGCUACGCCGCCCCUGCUCCCUUCCCUGGCGCUGCUGCUGCUGUUGCUGCAGGUGAGAAGGUUGCACUGGGCGUAGCAUGGAACGGUUCCUCCGCCCGUAUGUCGACAGCAGCAGCAGCAGCAACAGCAGCAUCAGCGGCAGCAUCGCCCCCCACAGGAUCAGCAAGCGAAGGAGCAGAAGCAGGAGGAGCAGCAGGAGGACGUGCUGCAUCAUCGGCAUCAGCAGCAGCAUCAUCAUCAGCAGCAGCAGCACCCCAAGCUUCCCCAGGAGCAGGAGCAGCGGGAGCAGCAACAGCAGCAGCAGGGGAGAGGGAGAGUUGCUGCUGGCUGCGCAGUUUGCUGCGCUGGCGUUUGGGGCGCCGCAGCUGGAAGCGGCAGCUGCAGCGGCAGCGAGAAAGAGAGAAGGAGAAGAUACUGCGUUUACCUUUGGGUGUUUCUGUUGCUCUUGAAGCCCCUAUCCCCUGCAGCAGCAGACUUAAGAGAGAUGUGUUAUUUAAUGCUGCUGCUGCGCUGCUGCUGUUUGCUGCUAGUGAUUUCAUGGCGCAGCACCUGCAACACACGCAGGCCCACAAACAGCAGCAGCAGCACUCGCUGCAGCAUCAGCCGCAACAGCAGCAGCAGCAAGAACCUGAGCUCUGCCCGCACCAGCAACAGCAUCAGCAGCAGCAGCAGCAGCAAUGCGGAUCAGCACAUAUUCCACCGCCCCUUAGCAGCACUUUGCGGCAGCUGGAUGCGAGCCGCACAGUCGCUGUGGGGUUGGAGGGGGUUAUUGUAAACGCUUUGCUGCUGACGCCAAUGUAUCACAAGCUCGAAGCUAUGCUGGCCCAUAACAACGCCCCAGUGAAACGCAGCAGCAGCAGCAGCAGAAGCAGCAGCAAAGCUGCAACAACUGGCCGGAUUGUUGCAAUGCCUUUUAGUUCUUUCUCUUUUCUCUUUUUGACUCCAUUUCUUCGCUUCGCCUGUUCAAAGCUCUUCAACAGCAACAGCAACAACCACCAGCAACAGCAUAUGUUAGAGCAGCAUUCUCUGCAAACGCAGACGUACCCCAAGCAGCAGCACCAGCAUAAUCCGCACGAAGAAGAGCAGCAUCAUCAGCACGAAGAACAGCAGCAGCAGCAGCAGCAGCUGCGGUGUUGGGUCAGCUCUGCUCCUGCAGCAAGUUGCUGGGCUGCUGUUGUUGAGGGCGCAGAGGCGGUGCGAUGCCACUUCUUUGAAAUUUACGUCGCCAGUCUCAUCGUGUGGCCUCUCUCUGAUUUAAUUAACUUCAGGUAA